AAUGUGACCUUCUUAAGCGACGAAUCGCCGUCAGGCCCUGGCUGGCAUUCACACAUCUUCGCUCUGAAGCCUUCCCUGGGGAAGUUCAAGGAGAUCAUGGACUUCACGCUGGGCAAGCCGCGCCCAUAUUGCUCCGAGCAGGACCGCCUCGGCGACGUCUUCCCCACAAAAACCUUCGCUCGCCCCGGCGGGAUGACUGCAGCCGUUCCUCACGAACCCAUCUGCGAGGACUUCCCGAUUAAUCCGUACUGCCUAGAGCGCAUACCCGAGCGCCAUGAAGAGCUGUCCCACCUGGACUGUGAUCAGUUCUGGCGCCGCUGCGUGGACAUCCCAACAGCCUUGGUCUCUUCUGUGGGGGGGAAGACUGGCGCCAACACUAUCGAAGUGAAGUGGGAGCCUCCGAAGAAGUCAGAGGAGGAGGAGCGCAAGGAGGCGGCAGAGCGUGACCGAUCUCCCGUCAAGGGACCCGUGGGUCGUGGGCGAGCGACCACGCAACCUGCCUGGAUGACCCGGGGACCGGCCUCUUCGGAUCCGCCCCCACCGAGCAUCCCAGAGCAGAGCGAUAGUGGCCAGCGAGGCGCAACGGCCAAAGCCGCACCGGCAGCACCACCCGCCUUGCCGCCAAAGCAGCGGUCGCCGUCACCACUUGGUCCCCGGGGCCGAGGGCGCGGCACGGCGGUGCCUGCCUGGAAGAUGCAGGGAGUUGGAAAUACGGCGACUGCAGCCAUCGACAGCCAGCCCCACAUUCCCGAUCAGCCUGACCCUGAAGAGGAAAAGAAGCAGAAUGCGCUGGAGGAGCUUUUUGCAGAGCGCAAUGUUCCUUCUGAUGAGCUCCUGGCAGGGUCCAAACAUGGCAAACAUCGCGGCGGAGGCCACGGCCAAAAUCGGAAGAAUCGGGAUCACAAGGAGCAGAACGACCGCAGCCGGUCACCAAGGCAGUGGGAGAGAGGAAGCCAGCAGCAAGAGGAGAAGAGCUGGCACAAGCAGAGCUGGGAUGAGGAGAAUGAGGACUGGAGCAAUAGCAAAUGGAGCAACAGCAAAUGGGGCAACGAUCGCAACAACAAGUGGAAGCGCUGGGAAGAUUCGAACGACCGAAGCUCUAGCAGCUGGCAGGGAGGCGGCUGGAAGAAGUGGAACGAAGAGAAAGUGGUGGAGGAGGAGCAGCACGAAGAACAGGAAGAGGAGGAGGUCGGCUACGAGCAAGAUUGGAAGCGGCAUCGGACGGGAGAGUCCUCCGUCCCCAAGGCAUUCAACAGGAUGCCUUCAAAGCCGCAGCCGCCGAAGCACCCACCGCCGCAGGCAGUGACAACACAAGCCAGAGCCCAGCAGAUUGUUGCAUGGCAGCCUGCGGGGGCGCAAUCGCCUGCGCAGCCAGCGCCGCCAACUGCGACGCGCACCGUGCUGAUGCAGUCGGCAUUUCCAAAUCGGGAUGCGCAAGCGAAGGCUCGGCCAAAGGGACAGGUACUCCCUCCGCCCAAUCCGACGAAACCGAAUCCGCCGAAGAAGUUCUCCUUCCUGGCGGAUCGGGAGGCUGCACAUACCCCUGCCAUCGUAGCGCCGCCAAGCGCAAAGUACGGCGAGCAGCGCGCUCGCAACCCACGUGGAUUGCCGACUCCGCCGUUGCCGCGAAAAAAUCGCGAGCCUUCUGGAGGCCUGGCUCUCAUGGCGCCGACCACAUCCAAGCAGCCGGCACACCGAGCCAGCUGGAACAGAGAAGAUGGCGGCCUGGACCCGGGACCAGGCUUCGACCAAUCCCAACCGUCUGAAGGACCUACGAUGCCUAUGGACCAGCGCGAGUCCUGGGAUGCCGAGGCUCCUCCACCGCCGCAGAUACGGCCGCCCCAGGUCAAGGCGCCACCCGCACGGGGGCAGUUCCGGAACGCUCCACACGAGAGCUACGACUACGAGGGGUACGAACACUCCCAUGAGGCUUCACAGCCGCAGAUACGGCCGCCACCCAUUAAGGCGCCGCCCGCGCAGGGGGAAUUGCUGAACGCUCCACACGAGGGCUACGAAGACUACGACUACGAGGGGUACGAACGCUCCUAUGAGGCUUCACAACCGCAGAUUCGGCCGCCAGCCGCUAAGGGGGAGUUGCCGAAUGCUCCGCACCAGGGCUACGAAGGCUACGGCUACCAGGGCCACGAAGAGGGCGGCGAGUUCAGUGAGCACGCCCAGUACCAGUAUAUGCAGCCAGGCCAGAGGGCCCCAGCGAUGCCCCACAUGGAGGAGGCUGGGCAGCCGCCUCCACCCCCGAUGAUUCUCAGUUCUGGCCAUGCGCCGGCGCCUGCUGGCGAAGCCGGCACAGAGGCUCCCCGAGCCAUCGAUUACCAGGCCUUCGUCAUGAGCGACAUCGAGGAGAAGAAGCGCGAGAUCAAGCAGCGCGAGGAGCAGCAGGCAGCCCUGGCUGCGCAGCAGAGACUCGAAGACGACAACUACAUGAGGUUUUCGGGCGAGCUCGCGCAGGCUGAGGAGGAAGCCGCAGCUGCGAGGCAACAGGAAGAACUGGAGCGGCAGCAGAAAGCAGCCGAGGAGGAGCAACGACGGCAGGAGGAGGCCAUAUGGCUGGAGCUCAAGAAGCAGGAAGAAGACACCCGUAGGAAGGAGCACGAGGAGCAACGACGCAAGGAGGAGGCUCGCAAAAGGGAGGAGGAGGAGGAGGCAGAAGCAGAGGCUCUAAUGGCAGAAAGAAGAAGGCAAGAAGAGGCAAGACAAACGGAGGAGGCUGCGCAGCAAGCCAUACAGCAGGCGCAGCAGGGGCAGUUCAGGAGUUUCGCGAGGUUCAACGAACCCGUGCCGCAGGCCCAGCCCCAGGAUGCCAGUGGAUGGCAAGGCGAAGCUCUUCAGCACACACCCCCGCCUCCGCCACCUUCGCGGCGUGGCGAGGCGCUGCAGUCAACGCCUCCGCCACCU